AUGAUGUCUGAAACCAAGAAUAUCCUCAUCUUCGGGGCGACAGGCCUCAUAGGCACUCACAUCACAAAGGCCAUUCUAGACCACCAGAGCCGAUGGUCGAGUGUUGCGGUAUUCACAUCUCCCAAUACCGUGCAGACGAAAGCAGACGAAAUAGCACAUCUCAAAGCUCAACGCGUAAAGAUAAUCGAAGGCGACCUCACAUCCGAAUCCGAUGUCAACAAUGCCUACAAAGGCAUCGACACGGUGGUUUCAUGUGUCGGCAGGCCGGUGAUCGACAAACAACUACUUCUCAUCCAACUGGCGGACAAGCACCCGGACGUCCAGCGAUUUUUCCCAUCUGAAUAUGGCACAGACAUCGAGUACUGGCCCUCUUCUGCAAAUGAGAAACCACAUCAGCUCAAGCUCAAGGUCCGAGCGCUGCUCAAAACCAUUCAGAACUUGGAGUAUACGUACGUUGUGACGGGUCCAUACGGAGAUGCUGACGGUGGUCUAUAUCUCUCUGCGAAGAGUCCUGAGAGGGAGGAAGAGGGAACGUUUGAUGUGAAGCGCAAAAGAGCCGUUCUGCUUGGCGAUGGCAGGGGCAAGAUCUCCCUCUCUACAAUGAGAGACGUCGGCAAAAUGGUGGUCGCUGCUUUGCUUCAUCCAGAGGUUUCCAAGAACAAAGCACUGCAUGUCAACUCUUUCACCACGACUCCAAUUGAGCUGGCUGAGGAGUUCCAGAAGCAGACAGGCGAGAAGUGGGAUGUGGCCUACACGAGUCUUGAUCGAUUGAAGCAGCUUGAACAGCAGACCGGUGGCCCGUUGACGCUGCGCAGGAUUUGGACAGAGGGUGGCACACUUUACGAUGAAAGGGACAACGAGCUCAUCGGCUUGAAGGAAGGCGAUGUUGACUCUCUCCAGACUGCUGUGGCACUCGCCAUAAGUGUUCAAGCGAAGCUGUAG